UCUCUUCUUCUCUUCGAUCCCGAUGAUGCUUUUCAUGGAACCAAUCUCCAUAACCACAUCUCGUACAACGAUUUCAGUGAAAGAGUCCAUGUUUUCCACGUACCGAGAUCGUAUAAAUACGGAAAAACCAUCGGACCGGUGACCCAUCAUCGCGUCGGAAAUGCUCCCAUGUCUUCUCCCCAAGUUUUCAACGUCGAUGAUUUUGGAGCUAGAGGCGAUGGAUCCGACGAUUCAAAGGCAUUUGAAAAAGCUUGGGAUGAAGCUUGCUCGUCCUCUUCGAAGACAGCAUUCUUCGUGGUUCCUAGUAACAAAGCUUAUCGUCUUAGACCGAUCACAUUCUCCGGUCCAUGUAGACCACAAUUCAUCGUAUUUAAGAUUUAUGGAAAGCUCGAGGCCUCGAAGAAUCCGUCGGACUACGAGAUGGAUAGGAGAUAUUGGAUCGUGUUCGAAAGCGUAAAUAACCUGCGGGUUGAGGGCGGCGGAAUCAUCGACGGGAACGGCCAAAUUUGGUGGAAAAAAUCUUGCAAAAUCAACCCUUCACUUCCCUGCAAGGAAGCCCCUACGGCGGUUACGUUUGAGGAGUGCAAGAAUUUGAUAGUGAGCAAAAUAAGGUUACAAAAUGCGCAGCAAAUGCAUUUGACGUUUAAAGACUGCGAAAACGUCAAGGCUUUUGGGAUAAUGGUGACGUCUCCGGGGAAUAGUCCCAACACCGACGGCAUCCACGUCACCGCCACCAAAAAUAUCCUCAUCUCCGACUCCGUCGUCCGUACAGGUGAUGAUUGCAUAUCGAUAGUGAGUGGGUCGGUAAAUGUGCGGGCGACGGGUAUCACAUGCGGGCCGGGUCAUGGAAUCAGUAUUGGAAGUUUGGGUGAAGGGAACUCGGAAGCUUACGUGUCAAACGUAGUAGUCAACAAAGCGACCAUCAUAGGAACCACCAACGGUGUCCGAAUCAAGACUUGGCAGGGAGGGAGAGGAUAUGCCAAAAACAUCGUGUUUCAAGACAUCAUAAUGAAGAAUGUCACCAACCCAAUAAUCAUCGAUCAGAAUUACUGUGAUAGAGAUGGUUCAUGCCCCGAGCAGGCAUCGGCGGUUCGAGUGAGCAAUGUGGUAUACAGGAACAUACAAGGGACGAGUUCUACUCCCACGGCUGUGAAAUUCGAUUGCAGUAAGAGCAUUCCUUGUAGGGGCAUUUCUAUGCAAAAUGUGAAAUUGAAGGACCAAAGUGAAGAAAUCUCAAAGGCUUCGUGCUCAAAUGUCAAUUUCAACACUCGAGGACCAGUCUCUCCGAUUUGCACUUAG